AAGGCUCCUGGUCAGAGAGAAUGUGACGAUGCCAUCGAGGUGCUGAACGGUUGCAUCCGUGAGGUGGAUCAGGCGUCUCUAGCCGCCAUCAGCCAGCAGCUCACACCCCGAGAGGACAUCUCCAUGGAGGCUCUCCAUGAGCAGAUGGCGGCCUCUGUGCAUGAGAUCAGUAACCUGAUUGACCCUGUGGCGGUGGCGGCUCGUUCUGAGGCCUCUCAGCUGGGACACAAGGUGUCUCAGAUGGCGAGCUACUUCGAGCCCCUCAUCAUGGCGUCCAUCGGCACAGCGUCCAAGAUCGUGAGCAGCCAGCAGCAGAUGGCCGUGUUAGACCAAACUAAAACGCUGACGGAGUCGGCCCUGCAGAUGCUCUACACCGCCAAGGAGGCGGGAGGAAACCCCAAGGCCGCUCACAUGCAGGAGGCUCUGGAGGAGGCGGUGCAGAUGAUGAAAGAAGCCGUCGACGACCUCGGUGCGACUCUGGCUGAAGCCGCCAGUGCAGCGGGCGCCGUGGGCGGGAUGGUGGACUCCAUCAACGACUCCAUCAACAAGAUGGAAGACUCGCCUAUGCUGGAACCUGACGGCACCUUUGUGGACUAUCAGACGACCAUGGUGAAGACGGCCAAGGCCAUCGCCGUCACUGUGCAGGAGAUGGUGACCAAGUCAAACACCAACCCAGACGACCUCGGGGGAUUGGCCAACCAUCUCACCAACGAGUUCGGAAAUCUGGCCAAUGAGGCCAAAUAUGCAGCUGUGACUGCAGAGAACGAUGAGAUCGGUUCUCACAUCAAGAAGCAGGUCGGCGAGCUCGGUUUCAGCUGCACGGGUCUGGUGACCAAAGCUGGAGCUCUGCAGUGCAGCCCAAACGACUCGUUCACAAAGAAGGAGCUCAUCGAAAGCGCCCGCAAAGUCUCCGAGAAGGUCUCCCAUGUGUUGGCGUCGCUGCAGGCAGGAAACCGUGGCACCCAGGCCUGCAUCACAGCAGCCAGCGCCGUGUCCGGAAUCAUCGCUGACCUCGACACCACCAUCAUGUUCGCUACCGCUGGGACUCUGAACAGAGAGAACGCAGAGACCUUCGCCGACCACAGAGAAUGUAUCUUGAAGACGGCGAAGGCUCUGGUGGAGGACACCAAGCUGCUGGUGUCUGGUGCUGGAGCCAGUCAGGAGAAACUGGCCCAGGCCGCCCAGUCCUCCGUGUGCACCAUCACCAAACUGGCAGAUGUAGUGAAACUAGGAGCCGCCAGUCUGGGAUCUGAGGACCCAGAGACACAG